AUGGCGGUGUCAGCUCUUACCGGCUUCUCGCUGGUCAGCCUCCUCAGCUUCGGCUACCUUUCGUGGGACUGGGUCAAGCCGGGCCACCAGGCUGAUGGGCCUCGGGCCUCUGGGGACAAACCUCCCCCGUCUCCCUCGCAGUCCGGGUCUUCAUCUCCGCCUCAUAUCAUCUUCAUCCUCACUGAUGACCAGGGCUACCACGAUGUGGGCUACCACGGUUCAGACAUCCAGACCCCGACCUUGGACCGACUGGCCGCCGAGGGUGUAAAGCUAGAGAACUAUUACAUUCAACCCAUCUGUACCCCUUCUCGAAGUCAGCUCCUCACUGGCAGGUACCAGAUCCACACAGGACUGCAGCACUCCAUCAUCCGCCCUCGUCAGCCCAGCUGCCUGCCCCUCGACCAGGUGACGCUGCCACAAAAACUGCAGGAGGUGGGUUACUCCACUCACAUGGUGGGCAAGUGGCAUUUAGGCUUCUAUAAGAAGGCAUGUCUGCCCACACGCCGUGGCUUUGAUACCUUCUUGGGCUCGCUGACGGGCAACGUGGACUACUACACAUAUGACAACUGCGACGGGCCCGGUGUGUGUGGCUAUGACCUUCAUGAGGGGGAGAGCGUGGCGUGGGAGCAGAGUGGCCAGUACUCCACCCUGCUGUAUGCCCAGCGUGCCAGCCAAAUCCUGGCUAACCACAGUCCCCGCCAGCCCCUGUUCCUCUACGUAGCCUUCCAGGCUGUGCACACGCCGUUGCAGUCCCCCCGGGAGUACCUGUACCGCUACCGGACCAUGGGCAAUGUGGCUCGGCGCAAAUACGCCGCCAUGGUGACCUGCAUGGAUGAGGCCGUGCGCAAUAUCACGUGGGCCCUGAAACGUUAUGGCUACUACGACAAUAGCGUCAUUAUCUUCUCUACUGAUAAUGGUGGCCAGACCUUCUCCGGAGGGAGCAACUGGCCCCUGCGGGGCCGCAAGGGCACCUAUUGGGAGGGCGGUGUGCGCGGCAUCGGCUUCGUUCACAGCCCCCUGCUCAAGAGGAAGAGGAGGACGAGCCGGGCGCUGGUGCAUAUCACAGACUGGUACCCUACGCUGGUGACGCUGGCUGGGGGCAGCGUGUCAGAGGCGGAGGGGCUGGAUGGCUACGACGUAUGGCCGGCCAUUAGCGAGGGUCAGGUUUCCCCUCGCGUGGAGAUCCUCCACAACAUUGACCCUCUCUACAACCACGCCAAGCACGGCUCCCUCGAAGGUGGUUUCGGCAUUUGGAAUACGGCCGUCCAGGCUUCAAUUCGAGUUGGUGAAUGGAAACUGCUGACGGGGGACCCUGGCUACAGCGACUGGAUCCCCCCACAGACUCUGGCCAACUUCCCGGGCAGCUGGUGGAACCUGGAGCGGUUGGCGGAUGGCACCCGCCAGUCCGUGUGGCUCUUCAACAUCAGCGCUGACCCUUACGAACGAGAGGAUCUGGCGGCCCAAAGACCGGAUGUGGUCCGUUCCUUGUUGGCCCGGCUGGUGUAUUACAACCGGACAGCCAUCCCUGUGCGCUACCCCGCUGAGAACCCUCGAGCCCACCCUGAUUUCAAUGGGGGUGCCUGGGGCCCGUGGGUUAGUGAAGAGGAGGAGGAAGAGGAAGAAGAAGAGGAAGAGGAAGAGGCCAGGGAAGGGAGGGGCCGGGCUUCUCGCCGGGGUAGAAAGAAGUGCAAAAUCUGUAAGCUUCGUUCUUUCUUCCGUAAGCUCAACACCAGGCUGAUGUCCAACCGCAUCUGACUCGGAGCAGGCUCGGGGUGCGCUCUCUAGUUCCAGCUCUUCUACCAGGGCUUCUUUUGGCUGGUGUCCCUUCACGACCGGGAAAUCCUUAGACAAGAGACUGUUGGUUAUCUGACCACCUGCGUUCUCUUAGAGAAAAAUGGAAGCUUGCUCAGCUGGUUGGGGCAGGGGAGGGUGUGCUAUGCCCUGAAAGGGAACUGGACACAUUCCGCGAAGGGGAAUAUCCCUUAGGCUCAGGGCUGGGAUGACACAACCUGAUGGGUGGUGAUACUUCCCGAUUUGUUCCAUUUCCUAACAAUCCUCUUGGAACUCAGCAGCAGAGAUUGAGGGCUGGGGGUGUGGGUUCAGGACCUGCCUCGGAGCCACUUAUAUCCCACCUUGUACCACCCUAGGCUGCACUUGGAGGGAGAAUUGGGGGGUUUCCUCUGUGCCCACCUCCCUGGCCCCACCCAAAUGAAGGUUCCCCCCCCCCCCCCCCCGCCCGCUCUUGCAGAUGAGAGCAAGGCUGGUGCCGACAGAGGGCGUGGAAGAGUAGGGAGAAUAUGGGGAAAGCGACCAUGCCUACAUAGGUGAAUGACCACUGGGCUUGCUUGCUGCAGGAGGUCUUGUGUAUGGGGAGGGAAGUUGUAUUUGGUGGCCUCUAUCAUCUCUUAAGAAUCUAUGAGUCUAAGAUUUGGGAGCUCCCUUCAUCCAGCCAGCCGCGGGCAAAUGGAGUGCUGGUGGCAGCAAUGGCCUCGAGGGACUCUUAGUGACUGGCAGGGGCAAACCUGCAGGUCAAUUAGCAUUUAUUAAGCACCUACUGUGUACCAGGCAGUGGACUAAGUGAAUGAUU